CGCACACAUCGACACACGGUUUCCCCGUACAGUUUCGCCAUCUUGCGGACGCCUGUAGCAACUACAUCGCGCUGUGCUGCUCUCGCACGCGGCACGGUCGGCCCCGGAACGAACCCCACUCACCUGGUGCCGUCUCGCUCCGUCCGCGUACAUGCGGUUUCCGCACAGCAAUGCCCUCGAGCCGUACGGGUGUGUGCGUGUCGCUGUCCGCGGUGGAACACGACAGAAAGAGCAAAGGAAUCGUUUCGUCGCGGUUUCGGUUUGUUCGUCCGCAUUAUUUCCCGUUUUUUCCCAGCAAAAUCGUGCAAUAACCUAACAAAUAGACAGUGCACGGUGCAGCGGACGUGGUGCAUCGUUGGUGAGUGUGCGGGUGAAAGUUCGGCAGCAGCAGCAGCAGCUUCAUCGAUCCGGCCCUUUUCUAUUCGGUCUGGUGCAAACAGUGUAGCGCGCAAAAGUGUGGCUCCCUAGAGCGCGGUGCUGUAGGAAGUGUGGUGGUGUUGCGGAGUGAAGGUGUACCAGCAGCAGCAGCAAGAAUUAUCGUCGCAGUUUGCCGCAGUUGGCCCCGCUCCGUCGGUCGAAGUGGAGUCGCCGCGCCGCGAAGAAGCGUUCGAAGCGAGUGUGUGACGACGCCACACACAUCUUUGUCUCUCCCGGGCGGCCUGGCAAACGAUGGCGGCGAUGCUGGUGUGCAAUCAACAUCGUAGUAGCAGCAGCAGCAGCAGCAGCAGCCGUAGCCGAGGCAACAACAACAGCAACGUCGUCAUCGUACGCGGCAGCAAGCUGCUAGUGUCGUGAUAGUGGUGGAAUUGAUUGAGUAGUGUGCGUGCGUCCCUGCAUAUGUGUGUGUAUAUGUGUGUGUGUGCUUGUGAUUGCCGCAUGGGCCGACAAGAAAAGUUUAGUGUUUGCGGUAGCGCCUGUGUCUGUCCACGCCUCUUCUCUUCCUUCCCCAACCAGCCAGCCAGCCUGCGCAACUAGUAGUAGUGCGGAAAAGUCCGGAAAAUAAGCAGUGAAUAGAAGAAGCAAUAGAAUAAGGAGAAGAAGAAGCAGAAGAAGAAAAAAAGCCCGCAGUAGUGUUACACACGCCUCGGAAACCUCGCCUCGCGUUGUAGAGCAUCACGUGUGUGUGUGAGUGUGUGUGUGUGUGUAUGUGUCUGUGCAGCAGCGUGUAUGUGUAUAGAGAGUGUAGUGAAUUUGUAUGUGCACCACCGGGCGGCGUACCAUACUGCUGAUUCGCGACGGAUAAAUCGCGGAUCAAUUCACAAAGAGUGAAAAAGAAAGAGAAAGAGAAAGAAAGAGCAGGAGAGAGUAUUGUUUACCCAAAAAAUAUCGUUUGUGUACCAGUGUAUGUUUGUGUCUGUGCCAGUGAAAGGGCCAGCGUGCACGGGAAGAAUACGGGAAGAAAAACUUAGUGAGUGUGUGUUGUUUUUUUUUCUUCUGUCGUUCCCUCUCGCCUCCUAUCUCUCUCCCCAGCAAAGAGCCGAUAGAGCGUGUGAGUGUGUGUGUCAACGCGCGCGCGUGUGUGUUUGUGUAUGGGGGGCGGGUUGUGUGUGCGCAGCGAAAUGUAUGUAUGCCAUGAUAAUGAUGGCGGUUGCGAAUGCGAUGAUUGAUAAGAAUGUUGUGCGACCGUCCGCAUCGUCGUCAUCAUCAGCACAAGCAACAGCAACAACAGCAGCAGCAGCAGCAGCUUUAUCAUCAGCAACAGCCCCGUCAUCAGCCACCACCCUUCGUGUGUGGUAGUGUGUGCGCGCGGGUGCCAAAGUCAUCCAAUUUAUACCAAAUCCCUUCGCGUCUCGUCGGCGGCUUAGUGGAGCGUGUGCGCGCGCUUGCGUUCGCGCAUUAGUGUGCGUGUAUUUGCCUGUGUGUGUCUGUGCCGUAACGGCCGGAGGAGAACGGCCUCUUUGUGAGUCGGUGGGCAGAAAAGGCAAGGCCCCAGUGUGAUUGUGUGAGUGUAUUGUGUGUGUGAUUAAGGUGAAUUCGCAUGCAACAGUAGCUGCAGCAGCAGCAGCAACAACAACUCCCCAUCGGUGCAACGAAUAUUGCUUACAAGCCAGCGCCAAACCAUCAACACACACACAUCCGGGGAAGCAGGAAGUGCCAAAGCACCAUUUCCUCGUCCAAACUCCCGGAACCGACCGAGGUGUGUGCGUGUGUGUGGGGCACGGCUUUCCAUUGGUGCAAACGACACGACGCCACAUUUCGAAAACGGCCGCACGCGUAUACCCAGCAUUAGGAUAGCAACAAAAUUAGCAUGGAAAAGGCAAAGGCGUACAUCAAGAACGAAUUACGUGGGGGCUCCCUAGCGCAGCCGGAGCCCCCGCCACCACCGCCGCACCAUCAACACCACCAGCAACAACAGCAGCAGCAGCAUCCGCAACUGCCUCCACAGCACCACCACCACCACCAGCCGCCCAUCCCGAACGCCUCCGCCCAUCCGUACCAUCCGCACGCCCAGCAGCAGCAGCCGCAGCAGCAGCAUCCUCAUCUGCAGCAUGGUCACGGGCCAGCGUCCCAUCCGGCCCACCUGCUGCCGGCCGUACCCCAGCACAGUACGCCGGUGUCGGCGGCGGCCUACCAUCCCCACCAUCCGCCGGUCACCGGCGCCCGGUCGCCCUCGGUCGUCUCAAUGGACGAUCCGGCCAACAUUUGCUACGUGUGCGGUGCGCACGGCGCCCAGGACAAGUACUAUCUGCGGGUGCGCCAGAACCCGGACAACCCGGCCGAACCGCACUUCCCGCUGCUCGAGUCGCACACACCGCCGGCCGGCGUGCCGGCCUGGACGCCGGCCAAGGUGGGCGUCCGCUCCUGCUACCUGUGCUUCACGACCUUCGCCCAGCAGUGGGACUACCACGAGCGGGAGGGCAAACCCCUGGCCCAGCGGCUCUACUGGCUGAAGCGCACCGACGACAAGAACUACAUCGGGGCGGAGAUGAGCAGCCAGGGCGAGUACGCGGCCCAGGUGCUCGGGCUGAGCGCGGACCAUCUCGGCGGCGGCAUCCCCGCCGGCUACGGAGCAGCUGGCCAGCCACCACCACCGCCCGGCCCACCAGCCACUGGACGGGGGAUGGGGCCGGAUGGCCGUCCGCCAACGGGACCACCACUGCCCGGGCCGGCGUACUCCUCCCCACUGCCGACGGUGCCGCGCAACGACAGUCCGCUGCGUGGCAGUAGCGCUCCGCAGCGGAACGAUUCGCCACAGUCGAAGGGCGGUGGGGAGGGAGGUUCCAGCACAACCUCGACCGCUCCCCCGUACCAUCCGGCGAAGCGCUUCUUGGAGAAUCAUCUCGCCAGUCAGCAGCAGGCGGGCGCCACCACGAACGCACCCGCCACCAGCAACAACACCGUCCAAUCGCAACCACCGGGGGCGGCGACGGGGGCUACGGCGCCAGCACCGACGUCACGUCCGUCGAGCCGAAACGAAAAGUCGACGACGCCACGGCCCAGCACGCACGACAGCCCGUCGCCGGUGCCCUCGCCGGCCGGUGCCAGCCUGCGCUACGAUGGACGCAAGAUGUCCUCCUUUGCGCACCACAAGCUCAAGAUGGUGAACUACAACAAUGCGGGCGCGGCGGACCACCAUCGGAACCAUCUGGGCGCGGGCGGCGGUGGUGGCCCGCUGUCGUCCUCGUCCACCUCCUCCCAUUCGGCACAGCAACAGCAACAGCAACAGCAGCAGCAACAACAACAGCAGCAGCAACAUCAAUUAAGGCUCGAGGAGGAAGGCGCACUGGAUCUAAGGAACUCGGCCACCGGCAGCAUGCUCGGUGGCUCGUCGGUGGGCGGCAUGCUGGCGGAGGAGAGCAGUUUGCGGGGCAGUGGCAGCAACAGCAACGGUAGCACCGGCAGCACCGGCACGGACAUACUGGACCUCUCCAUGCCGGACAAGAACUCGAUGACGGAGGUGUGCUACGUGUGCGGCGACGAGCAUCGGCGGGGGAGCCUGAUGGAGAUCGCGACCGUCAAGCCGAAGGACGUGAAGGACCAGGAGAAGCCGUACUUUCCGAUUUUCGACGAAACGCACGCUCGACCGGCACGAUCGCGUCCGAAGGAUCCGAAAGGAAUGGUGCAGGCGUGCAAGGCGUGCCACCAGUAUCUGCUCAACCAGUGGCAAUCGUUCAACAUUCGUUCAAUACCCGAGGCUCAGCGGAAAUAUCAAAUCCGGAAACGCCAAAACACUCAGGAACGGUCGGCCACGUUCGUGUGCUACACGUGCGGUGCCGAUACGCCGUCCUCGCAACUACGCUUAGUGUACUGCUGCCCGAACGCGGAGCGGGAACCGUACUACCCGUUCAUCAAAUCCCUGAAAGCACCGACCAAUGCUAGUCCAAUAAGUCCACAAGGGAUGGUGCAAAUAUGUUCCACGUGCAAUAAGAAGAAUGCCCACCGAGCGGAGGGGGGCACGGUUAGCAAUGUGGACGAACGUUAUCCGUCGCCGACGAAAAUGACGUCUAGUGUGAUAAAUGAGGUUGUACGAUAUAAGCCUUAUGAAUUUGCCUCCGCACUGCCCGGCGGACCGCUGCGGGACCAGAAGGGUAAUCGAAGGGAUUCAAGACCAAAUACACCACCUCACCUGCAAGGGCCAGUGGAAAAUGGCCACGGUCAUCAAUGUACCAUUUGUAAGAAUACGUUUCCUGCCACAUCGAUGGAGUAUCUGUCCACCAGUGCCGAGCACAUGAACUCGCACGCGAUGCAUUUUCCCUGUCUGAAAGGGAGCAACGACCAGAGCCGGGUGCUGGCGUGCAAGAACUGUGUCGAGAAGCUCACGGUCCAGUGGGAAACGAUGGACGCUCAGCGCGUCCCGCUCGAGCACAGGAAGUACAUCAUCCCUUCGCCAACUCCCAACUCUGCCUCGAUAUCGCCGGGCGGCGGCAGCCUAGUUCGGCCGCAGUCUAGUGUCGGCGGUACGCCCCCGUCCACACCGGCAUCCACCGUGCCGAGCACCUCGGUGUACUGUUUCAUCUGCGGGUUGCAUUCGGAGCUGAGCUUCGCCCGUUUGCUGUAUGCUAACAAGGAGGGAUCUCGGCCUUACUUCCCGUUCCUGUUGAAGCACAAAUCGCCACCGAAUGCGGAGCAAUUGCGUGGUGACAGUUCGGCGCUGGUGUGUACCUUCUGUUACCACUCGCUGCUGAACCAAUGGCGAAAAUACGAGGCACAAAGUAGCAACCCUCCACCGAGCGAGCGGGAGUACAACUUUCACGAUUACUGCUGCCAUCUUUGCGGCAUUACGACGUACCGGAAGCGCGUACGGGCACUUCCAAUACGGGAGUAUCCGUUUGUCGCCAAUCGUAAGUGUGAUGGCAUACUGCUGGAAAACGGUGACUAUGCAGUGGUAUGCCUGGAUUGUUACGAAAGUUUAAGGCAACAAUCGGCCGAGUACGAUCGGUUUGGUGUGGCGAUUGAAAAGCGAGAGUACAACUGGGUUGCUCAGCCGCCACCACCAGAGGACAGUCCGGAGGUGUCGGUAGCACGCCUACCGAGCGGCGAACGGUCCGACAAGGCGAUCAAAAAUUCUCAGGGUGGACUUCGCUCGGCACCAAAUAAGAAGAACUGUUCGCCGAAGGUCACGAACGACAAACGAGAUGCACUACAAUCGAAACUAGCACAGAAGCGUCCCGUCACUAGCCCAGCACCGCCCGUCCUGUCCUCCUCCGCCCAGCAGCAGCAGCAGCAGCAGCAGCAGCAGCUGCUGCACCAUCCGUCUUCCUCGCCCCACUCGAACCAUCUGCUUGGCGGCCCGAACCACCAUCUGCCGCCGGGCGCCUCGCCCGGUUUGGUGCCGCCCCCGCAGCAGCAGCAGGCCCCGCUCGGUGUGCCGUCGGUGGCGCACGGGGGCGGAUCGGGCGCCAUCCACGCGUCACCCAACGCCCAAAACCCUUCGUCCGGUGGACGUAGCAGUAGUGGUGGUGGUGGGGGAGGUGGAGGUGGAGGAGGUGGUGGAGCAGGAUCGUUUGCUGCCGCGCUGCGUAAUCUCGCCAAGCAGGCGGACGUCAAGGAAGACGAACCGGGUGCAGGUGGUGGUGGUGGUGGAGGCGGCAGUGGUGCACCAGGGGGAGGAGGCGGAUCGAGUGGAGGACCCGGACCGGGAGGUGGUGGAGGAGGCGGUCGAGACAGAGAUCAUCGCGAUCGCGACCGGGAACGAGAAGGAGGUGGCAACGGAGGAGGAGGAGGAGGAAUGCAGCUGGACGGUCGGGGCAACGCGAUACCAUCGAUGGUGGUGGACAGGCGCGGGGAGGACGCGCGGGGGAACAUUAUUAGCGAUGGCGGCAGGAUACGAAGCGGUGAUGGGGGGCGAGACAGUCGGGGUGGCGGCGUCGAUGCGGCCAAGAAGCAGCAUCAGCAGCAGCAGCGCUCCUCGCCGCAACCACCGGAGAAGAUGCCGCGCCUCAAUCCGCCCAGCUCGAAUACGAUCCAGUCGGAACUGCUGGCACGAAGCGGAUUUCAACCGUACAGACCGGUUGACGAACGGCUAGCCCAUCCGGCCGGUGCGUUUCCGAUCGAUGCGUACUCGGCGUUCGGCUCCAUUCCCGGCAUGCCACCAGCAAAUCUCUUCAACCCGGCCGCACUGGCGUACCACGAUCCGGCCAUCUAUCUCGAUCCGCGCUACCAGAUGCUGCGUGCCAGCCACCAUUCGGCCGCAGGGCACCCGCUCUACCCGUCGCUACCCUACCCGCCCAACCUGUACGGCAUGCUGCCCGGCAUGGGCAUGCAGAGCAUACACGAGCGCAUGAAGCUGGAGGAGGAGCACCGGGCCGCUCGGUUGCGCGAGGAGGAGCGGGCCCGGGAGGCGCGCGAGGCGGCGAUCGAGCGCGAGAAGGAGCGCGAGUUGCGCGAGCAGCGCGAGCGGGAGCAGCGCGAGAAGGAGCAGCGCGAAAAGGAGCAGCGCGAGAAGGAGGAGCGCGAGCGGCAGCAGCGGGAGAAGGAGCAGCGGGAGCGCGAGCAGCGCGAGAAGGAGCGCGAACGGGAAGCGGCCCGCGAGCGCGAACGGGAGCGGGAGCGGGAGCGCGAGCGAGAGCGCAUGAUGCACAUGAUGCCGCACUCGCUGCCCCGGCCGUUCUUCUCCAUUCCCGGCCUGCCGCCCGGUCUGUCCGCACCGCUCGGGCUGGGCAUGCGGCCCCAGGGCGGUCCGCUCGGGCUGCCCUCGCACCACCCCCUGCACCCGUCGCUCGGGCUGAGCAUGGGACUGGGGCUGCCACAGGUGCCCCAGCCACCGGCCGGCUCGUCGCUCAAUCUGUCGCACCCGUCGGCGGGCAUGGUGCCGCAGCCGCCCCCGCCCGGCAGUGCGCUGGGCCACCCGUCGAUACCGACCAGCCUGGCGGCGGCGGCCGCCGCCUACAGCCACAGCAUCGCCUCCACGAUGAGCUCGUACCACUCGUCGAUGGCGCACAUCGGCGGGCUCAAUCUGUCCCACACGGCAGCGCUGGCCAACGCGCAGAACCUCAGCCUGGCCGGUCACAUUCCACCGCCCGCCCACGGUUCGCUCAAUCUGUCCGCGGGCGGGUCGCCGGUGGCGGUCGUGUCGUCCUCCCCGACGGGCGGCCACCAUCUGGCGUCGCCCUCGCCCCACCAUCAUCUUACCUCACCGCACGGCGCCCCGCUCGCCCUCACGUCGAGCAAAUCCGCGUCCACCCAUCCGUCGCCGCACCCGGCCACCCGUGCUUCCCCAUCCUCGCCCAUCGUUGCCACGAGCAGCAGCGGCGGCGGCGGCAGCAACACCCCGAACAGUGCGGCCGCACCGCACCCGUACUACACUGCCGCCGCGAUGGCCGCCGCUUCGCCACUGUCGCUCAGCAGCAAAGCGCCGCCCCAUCCCCAUUCGGCCCUGUCCUCGCACUCGCCCGUCGGUGCGGGCAGUCACCAUCUGCACCAUCUGCACCAUCAUGCGGCGCAACAGCCGCCGCCCGGGUCGCAUCCGGGCGCCCAAACGCAACCCCAGCUCUCGCAGCAUCCGCCCGGCGCGAGCGGGCGUAGCAGUGCGGUCAUAACGCCGCCCAGCACGCACCAUCAGGCGGCCGCGGUCGCAGCCCACCAUCACCAUCUGCAGCACCAUGCGGCGAUGGUGGCGGCGGCGGCGGCCGCCGCUGCAUCCCAGGAGCAGCAGCAGCGGUCCUCCUCCUCCCAGCAACAUCGAGGACCGGGGGCGGCGGCGGCGGCGACGGGACCACCACCACCAACGCAUCGUCUAGAGCAACCGCCACAAGUGGUGGCUGCUGCUCCCACACAGCAGCAACCAUUGCCACCGGCGCCCGCGGCGGCCUCAUCUGCCGGGGUGCAACCCACGGAACACAGUGUAAAUAGUACAAACGUCACUAGUAUUAACAGCAGCAGCGGCAGCAGCAGCACCGCGGACAGGAACGGUGACACAAAAUCGCGCUCACCCGUCGUCGCCGACGGGCACAACAGCACGAACGUCAUCAAGUCGACCAGCAAUGCGGACGAGACGGGCGGUGUGAUUAAGCGGUCCGGAUCCUCUUCACCCGGGGGCACCGGCGGCAGUCCGGCGAUGCGCGUAGCAACACCGGUCGUGGUAGCCGGUGGUGCCGAAGCACACGAAACAACAAACGGCGGUGGGGGCAGCACGACGGCACCACUGUCAGACUCGCGCCCCGUCUCACGCAGUGCCAGCGAUGAAGCCUCCAAGGAUGGUAUGGUGGCGUCGAAAGAGGAACGGACCGAUGUGGUGAAGGACGACGGCAAGGAACCGGCGUCCGUUAUUUCCAACGAUAAUGGACCGAGCGAAAACAACGGAACGCUCGACAAGCACCACGAGAAGGCUUCGACAGUCAACAGCAAUGGCAAUGCGGGCAGUGGAGGUGGACAGGCCAAUCAAGCGGCUGCCGGAUCGGACGGUGGUGCGGGCAGCCCGGCGGAACUGAGCGGGAACCGUGAGCGACGAUCACCGUCCAUCCCGAACAGCAACGCCGGAGCGGCCACACCAACAGCCACCACCGCAGCCCCGCUGGCGCCGACGACAGGUAAUAGCAAGGGUGGAGGCGGUGUAGUACAGGGUGACACAGCAACAGCACUGGAUGAAGUGGCACUCCCAGCACCACCAGCACCACCCACGUCCAAGCGCGACAGACGAACGUCCGGACCCGCAGUGUCGGACGCAGCGACGGAAGGUGCUGGUGGUGCUGCUGCUGGUGCCGAAAAUGGGAAGAAAGGCACGCUGCUGCACGGUGCCAGCGAGCAGAAGGGGGAAGCCGAAAGCGUACUAAACAAUGGUGCCCGGGGAGCGGCAGGAGGCGAUAGUAGAUAGUGUAGUGUAGUGUAGUGUAGGGGUCCAGAAACGAAGGACAGGACAAGGACGGCCGACGGCGUCUACUAACAAAAAAAAGAGGUUUUAUCUCUAACUCCCUCUCUCUUGCAUUUAGUGGUGGAUCUGUAACUUUGGACGCAAAAACAGAGAAAGGGCACAGGGGCAAAGAUCCUUUUUAAAAUAGAAAUUGUACUAAAUUGCAUGCAGUUCUUGCGAGAACGAAGGAGACAAGCAAAACACCUUCACAGAAAAGGGGCAUACACGACUUAACACGAGUAGAGCGAGAUAUGAUAUGAUGGAAAGAAAAGGAAAACGAUCAGACGCGCUUCCUUGCAGUAGUUGUGAGCACAAACUUUUAGCGGCAAAAUAGAUAUGUUUGUACAUACCCUCCCAAUAACGAGUAGAAUCCUUUCUCGCUUUCGUUGUUGGAUUGUCUUCGUCCGCUUUUUUUUGUUUAAUGCAACGACAAACGAUUCAUCAUCCUGUGUGGUGUACGUGUGUAUCUUAAGAUGUGUUCUUAAAACUGUGUCACACAUACAUACACACAAACACACCAUCUCUCCCAUCCAUCUACACCACGUGGUAGUAGAACGUGGUAGGGACGGCAACACAAGAAAGGCAACAUUUAGGUAAAGUAGUAGUUGGAGGUUUAGAAAUAAGGUUGAUAAAAGUAGGCUAGGAAAGUAAAGCGCAAGUACGAAAGAGAGAAAGAAUAAGAAAACACGUAACCAUGCAAAGAAGAGAAGAGCGAAAGAAAGGGAAAACGAAGUGAGAGAAAACAGUAGUACAAUGAUACCCUUUCUCUAUCUGUCUUUACACUGCUCGAUUGCUCACUCACUCACUCAAUCUUUCUCUCUCUCUCUCUCUUUGUUGCUUCAUCUCGACGAAAGGACGAACCUGACAAUAUAAUAUACGACGCUAUGCGUGUCUCUGUUAACCGAACCACAAAUAUAUCCUUUUCCUACUAGAUCGAUUCGUACUUUUUCGCUUCUUCUCUUACUUUGCCUCUCUUACAUCCUCUCAGAAGAUGAAGAGAGCGAGAGUGAGAGGAAAGCUACUGUUAGAGAUGAAUGUAAACAGUGUGUUUAGGGAGCAACUUGUUUGUGUACGAUUAUUAUCACUACCACCCCCAUUACAUUUAUUAUGAGCGCUAUUAUAAUAUUAUUUUAUUUCUUCUAUAUGGUUUACUGUAUCGUUAAUCGCGCGCGUUGCAUAUAACUAUGCUUGUAAAACGAUCUACACACGCACACACAUGUUUGUAUGUGCAUAGAGAAAAGGGAGAAAUAGGAAUAGAAGGAAACUACAAGCACAUGCGAAUAAAAUUUAAGCAUCAGGAUAUGUACAUUCACUUCAUCUAAGGGAGGACACCUAGGGCGUGUUAGGAUAAGAAAUGUUGCUUUAAUUCUUUUCUAAAAAAAAAACAAAUUAAAGAGAGAGAGAGAGACAGGCGAAACAGGCAGGAAACAAAGGGAAAGCAAAAAUAAACAGUACAGCGCAAACACAUUUCCUUACAGAGGUUUUUUUUUCGUUUUGUUUUGUUGCUUUUUUCCUUCCUUUUUGGUUAAAUUAAGUCAGUUCUAAAAUAUAUAAAUUACAAUUAGUACACGGUUGUCUGCGCACAUUUGGAAGUAAUGCGGAAAAUGAAGAGAGGUGAGAAGAGAGAGAGAGAGAGGCAUACAUGCAUAGAUAGGACCAGUGAGAAAGGAAAAGAGAAGCAAAAGAGCAGCAAAAUGUAUGUAGUUAAGGACCACGCAGUAGACUGUGUAAUAAGAAAUGAUAGGGUCAAAUUUAGUAAAGAAAGAAGGGCAAAGAAGCGCCAAGAAGUAGUAGAUAGAGCAAUGAAUUGAUUAAAACUAAUAAAUUGCAUUAUGAAAGCAAGAAAAAGAGAGCAACAGGAGUAGCGAGAAAGAAAGAAAGGUAAAAAGAAAAGGAUAAAAAGUAAAUGAUAGGAGGAAACAACAAAGGGACAGACAGAGAGACAG